AAACAAAUUAAGAGAUCAGACUUCGAAGGAUUUGGUGAUUGUUGAUAUUCAAUUCGAAGAACAAAUUAAAUUGUUCGUAGAACAAAUUUUUUUCUUUGUGUUUUCUUCUUGGAGAAUUAUAUCAAGGUCGCUGAGUAUGGCAAGAGACAGCUGUUUGGCUCGAGUUACUGCCGGAGUUGCCGUUGGUGGCGCCGUAGGAGGAGCCGUCGGUGCUGUAUAUGGAACUUAUGAGGCCAUUAGAUUUAAGGUGCCAGGACUAUUGAAAAUUAGGUAUAUUGGACAAACAACACUUGGAAGUGCUGCCAUAUUUGGCCUUUUCUUAGGGGCAGGGAGUUUGAUACAUUGUGGAAAGUCAUAUUAGUUUAAGUUAGAGCAGUUGGUCAUUUGUUUAUUUAAAGGCUUCCAUUUGUGGUUGUUGGUUGAAUGAAAGAAACAAAGUGGUCAAUUGAUGGUGAUAGGGCUUCACCCCCUAUUUAGAUGUCAUGAAAUAUUGAUUCUUAUUUCGAGAUUUUUAUUUUAUGGAUAUAUGGAGUCAUCUUCUUUUAAAUUGAAAAAUUCAUCAAAGUUGUUUUGA